AUGCCGUACCUCUCUCUCUCUCUCUCUCCUUCUCUCUCUUCGUGCCUCCAGAAUCAGGCCUGGCAAACACAAGAAGCUCUGGUAGAUUUGGGCGAAAAAAUAUCACCCCAUUUGCAGUGUCGUGACUGGGGUGUCUUGCUUCAUGGUUGGGCUCAUCCGUUCAUCAGCCGCGAGACAAGAAGUAAUCACUCGGGGGCAGAGGUAACUGGGCCAGUCGACGGCCGGUUGGAUUAUGGGCGAAAGGAUUGGAGAAAAGGGAAGCAACGGCCAAGUCAGCGUUCGAGCAGAAGGCUCGAGGUUGUUCGGCAAGUCCACCAGGUAGAUUUUGAAGCCUACAAAGUCGGCAAAAUGUUUUGUUUUGUCAUAAUCGCUCUUAAGAUCCGGAUGCUCUUUUGGUCGCAUCGAGGGCGAUUAGAGGCAACGAAGUCAGCCUUUGUUAAACCGUUCACGUGA